AUGGCAGGGGUCUCGUUGACAUCCCACGAUGGGUAUCACGUGGACGAUGCGAUCUAUUUUAAUCAUCCAACGGAGUGUUGGAUUCGCGGCACAUUGACCCGUAUUAUACGUGCGACCAAAAAGGAUGGCACUGCACAUGUGUUGUACGGAUGCAGUGCUGUGGAGUCGGAUCGAUAUCUUCCGUCCCUGAGUCAGAAUCCCUCAUUGGUGCACGUCUACCCGCUGCAACAGCACGAUAUCCAUCGCAUUAUUGAAUCAUGUGUUGAGGUUACAGAAGAGACCACCCUAAAUGACCUUCUGGAACUCUCCUACCUGCAUGACGCAACCCUACUGGAGCAGGUGCGUGCUCGAUACUACGAAAACCUCAUUUACACGCACAUUGGCCCCAUCACAAUUGCGCUUAACCCCUACGACUUCACAUUACCCAACUACACCGACAAUAACAUGCCAAAGUACCUCUUGGAGGGAUCUAACGCCAUUGAAACCUCAUCUAAAAAUCUGCCCCACGCCUGGACAGUGGGACAUUACAGCUACUGGCGCAUGUGUUUGGAUAAACGCAACCAAAGCAUUAUAGUUAGCGGCGAAAGUGGAGCUGGCAAGACCGAAACUGCCAAAAUUGUUGCUAAAUACAUUGGUGUUGUGUCCACAAUGCAGUGCAGUUUACAGGAAAAGUCCGGGGCUGAGGAACUCACCCACAAGGUGAAUCUCACCUCUCCCAUCCUUGAGGCAUUUGGUAACGCAAAGACCAAGAAUAAUGACAACAGUUCUCGAUUUGGGAAGUUUAUGAAGUUUUUCUUUAAGCACUCCCUAACCGGUGGUGUGAUGACGGGAGCCUUGAUUACGGUGUACCUUCUUGAGCGCUCGCGUAUUGUUACCCAUAGCAAAGGUGAGCGCGGAUAUCAUAGUUUUUACCAAUUACUUGCUGGCAAUGACGACGCAGCCAAAAGUAGCCGCCUCAAUCAGCUGCAAUUAGCCCGCGCCGCGGAUUACCGCUGCACCGCCAUUGGUAAUGCGAUGACGAUUGAUGGAGUGAAUGAUGCCGACGACUUUGACAACGUGAUGAGUGCAAUGAAGUUUGUGGGCAUGACUGAGGCGGAGUGUAACGCCGUGUGGAGUACAGUGGGAGCCGUGUUACACUUGUUGUCUCUAGAAUUUAAGGCGCUAACAGAUGAUGAGUGCUACGUGGACAUGGCGGCGCAGAAUGCUGCCAUUCAUGUCCGCAUGGUGAAGGAGCUCCUGGGCCUCCCUAAUGACUUUUUUUUUCAGGAGCUCGUCACGACGACGCAGCUGACGCGCGGAGAAACGAUUGUGCGCAAGCUGCGGUUAGCACAAGCCCUUGAUUUGUGUGAGGGAAUUGCGAAGUUGUUAUAUGAAGCACUCUUUUUGUGGCUUGUGGGACGUAUCAACGAAUUAAUAAAACCCCCCUCCGAUGAUGAAGGUCAAGAAAUGUUGUGGAUUGGGCUACUUGAUAUCUUUGGUUUUGAAAACUUUCCCUAUGGGAAUUCAUUUGAACAGCUGUGUAUUAAUUUGGCCAAUGAGGCGCUACAAAACCACUACAACAAUAUCAUCUUCACACGCGAUAUUGAAGAAUGCCACAAGGAGGGGAUUAACACGGAGAGUGUUGUGAUUUAUGACAAUCAGCCCUGUGUGGAUCUCAUUUGUGGCGUGGACUUUUCCGGAUGUGGUCCGGGUGGGUCGUCCAGGACGACAAACAAAAUGUCUAUUCUGCAUCUCCUCGACGAGGAGUCGACACUUGCGAAGGGUAGUGACUUGGCCUUCCGUGAAAAGAUCUGCGACACGUACGGGGGACGAUUGCUAGACGGCAAAGGCGGGCACCCAAACUUUUUGCGUGCCAAGACCGACCGCAGCUCUUUUGUCAUUAAUCACUAUGCAGGGAAGGUCACGUACAAUGUGGAGGGGUUUCGAACCAAAAACUGCGAUGCGACCAAGGAGACACUUAAGGAUGCCAUACGCUGCAGUACAAUUCCGCUUGUGGCAUCUCUUCUCGGCCGCAAAGUCUCAGACUCUGGGCUGGCCGGGAAAGCUACGGUUAGUUCCUUCUUUAAAGGUCAACUUGUGCAACUCAUGACCGAAAUCAACGGAACCCACCCACACUGGAUACGAUGCAUCAAACCGCACAGCUCGAAAAAGCCACGUAUGUUUAAUGGCAGUGAGGUCAUGAGUCAGAUGCGUUCUGCUGGAGUUCUUGAAACGAUCAAAAUUCGUCAAAACUCCUUCUCGGUUCGUAUCCCUUUUGCAGAGUUUCUACGGACGCAUAGGGUGCUUACGCUGAAGUUGCAUUCCAGUGUAUUCGCUUUUUGUCGUUCUUUUAAUAUUGACCUGACAGGGUUUCAGGGACCGUUUUCCGCCAACUCCUCAGAGAAAGAGAUGGUACGGGAGAUUCUGAGACGUGCGGGCACAGCUUCAAAUUCUCAAGGGCAAGUGGGGCUCACAAAGGUCUUUCUCAGGAUGGAGACCUCACAGCACUUGUCUUCUAUCGUGCGUACCGUCCAGAAAGGUUGCGCAUUGAUGAUCCAAGCAGCUGCUCGGUGUACUUUGUCGUGUGGCGCUGUUAAUAUAAAAUAUCUUCGUCACAAACUUCAGAUUAUCGCUGCAGCUUUGAGCUUGCGUUCUUCGCAGUUGCGCAUGCGGCAGAUAGAAUUACAUGGGAGGGAGAAAUACCUUUUAACUGCCCUUCGGGAGAUUCUACUGCUUCAGAACGUGGAGACGGAAAGACGUGUUUGCUUGGAAGAAGAAGAGCGUACGGCACGCUUGCGUUUACUGGAUGGCGCGAAAAAGGGAAUAGACUCCAUCAAUCAUCUUUUGCUGAAACGAAAAGAAGAACAGGAUGUGGCAAUGCAAUGUGCGCUUAUCAACAUGGAGGAGGGCGCCCGUUGUGCUCUUGAAGAUAAUAAUGAUGCUUCUCGGCAAUGCCUCUAUGCGGCAAUGGAACUACUUGCGCUUGAAGAGAAUGUACGCGAUGAUCUGGAGCUGGAGGAGGCCAUGGAACGGACAUCUACUCUUGGGCCUUUGCACAGGAAAAUGAACACAUACCUGGCGUUGUGGUUUGUGCAUGUGGUGGAGAAGCAGCAGUUUGAUUUGUUGGAAGCAGAAAACGCAUACCGCUGCAGAACAGCAGAAGAGGAGAGCAUAGCAUUCACCAUGUUGUGCACCUUGGACAGUUUCCUUUUAUCGGAGAUAAUGGCUCGGGUUUCCCUUCUUGAUGAAGAGUCAGAUGCCUUUUCUGGCUGCCGUCAGGGCUGGGAUUUUGAGUGGUUACGUGUGGAGAAAAUUUGGCUGACACGCAAAUCCAUCACUAAUCGCCGCGCGGUUCUGCUUUUGCAGAAAAAUGAGAUAGAGACUAGACGAAAUGUCGAACAUUUAUACAAUGACUCCGCCAUGGAGCUACUCAAGGCUUUUGCGCAGGGAAAGCAGCUUGCCCUAGAGGGGGAAAAAGAACGCCUGGCACUGGAGGAGGAGGAGCAACGGCUGUUGGAGGAAGAGGCCCUUUUCAUGGUGAAUGAGGAAGAGCGUCGGCGCUUCAAUGCCAUCCGAGAGGCUGCACAGCACCUUUGGCAUAACAUGAUGGAAGAGGAACAGCUUGUGGGGGAAAUAAAACGAGUUGAGGAAAAGAAUCAAUGUAUUAUUGCGUGCAAGGCGCAACUCACGCGCGAGUACACGCUACUCUGCCGGCGGAAGGAAAUUGCAAGGGGGAGGUCGAGCCUCAUGACUGACAAAAUUGGGGACAUGAAGGAACUUGAGGAGUACCAGCACCAGCAGAGGACCCUUUCGCAGACGCUUGCGACAAACCAAAAGUUACUGCUUGACAUGGAAAAGAAUUUGACGGAGUUUCGCUCCAGAACUUCGUUAAAGUCUCGUUUGCAGCGAACGCCCUCGUUGAUCAGGUCUACAGGUUCUCCCAAGGCGCAGGAAGGUGUCUUGCCUCACGCACCGCCACACAUCUCUGUUAGCGGGGAAGGAUCUCUACACCUCAUUCACCGCAUGCAUCUAAUGAAGGGAGUCGCCAACAGUCGUGCGCGAGAGUGUAGCACAACACCUGGUGCAUUGGCUGCGGCGAACCGUCUGAAGGUUUACCGAAAAUCCCGGGAAAGAAGGAAGUGUGAGGCAUUAGAGACACUGAUAACAAAAAGAAACGCUAUGCAACCUCGCAAUCACUGUGAGUUGCAGGGAAUGUUCACGUGUUUGACAUCAGAGCAGUGCGCUUCCCCCACAGAUUAUUGCCUUCAGCGUAACCCUUUUAAGGACGACUGGGUUCCUGGCCCUCCUGACGCUGAGGGGAUAUAUUGGGUGUUUACACCACACGGGGAACGGGUCCCAUUGCUGUCAGUAGAGAGGUGCAACCCAUCAGGCGCUUGGGACACUGACGUGAAUGAGUGUGGCUAUACAGAUUCCCCCGAUCCAAGUCUCCCCUGUUUCAAUCGUUAG